CAAUGUUUGCAUCCCCAGGUUAGUAAAAAAGAAUCUGUAAAAAUUGAAAAAACGAAGGAGGGAAUUUGACUGAUAUUGUGGUAAUAUCAAUUGUUCUAAAAAAAUGUAAUAAUUUUGUUGCAGGCAAGGUAAGCGUUGGUCCUGAAGGGCUGGCUGCAAAAGCACCAAGCUGGGAGUGUGGCAGUCAUUUAUCAAAUGAUGAGGCGUACGCGCGAGAAUUGGAACGGAAACUAGAAAAAAAAGGUGACAACAAGUCGUGGCACCCUUUAUAGUGCUUGCAAUUUCCAGAGAAAAAGAUCUGAUAUCGUGUUUGUUCUCAACACAGAGGUUGACGCCAAUGAUCUAGCUGAGGACCCCCUGGCAGUUUCUGCAUGCAAAGGCGCUGUUUCUACUCUGGUAUCAACAGUGGAAGGUACGAAAAAACAAAACGCAUUGGCCAUAUGGACAACUGUAUUGGUUGUCGCAUGUUUUGAGAGUUUUUUGUGCCCCGGUAGUUGACUAACCUAAUUUUGGAAAAAAUUAAUAGUGCCUGCUUAUGGAUCAAGUAUGAUGGUGGUCACGGGGAUGGGGACACUUGCUCUGCUGAGAGUGCUGGGCGGUACGGCUGCAUCGCCAGGACAUCCUGGAGGAGAUCGAAAGAGACCAGCCGAAGAAGGCGAAGAUCCUUGGCCAAAGAAGGUGAGGUUUUUGUCUGACAUUGUGUCACGAUCGACACCGGACAUCGGCAACAAAUCAAACACACGAGCGGUCGGGCACGAAGGCCAUGGUGACCAGGCUGUCCCUGUUGAGCCGUUGUCCAGCAGUGCUACCGUUGGUGGGCCAUCAGCAAGUGGGGCCGUACAGCACAUAUCAAAACGUAAGCCCCCCGAGAUUAGUUAAAUGCACUUGAUGUGGGUGUUGCAUCAGCUUUGUUAGGAGUUUAUUUAAAACUAAUUGUUUUAUUUCUGACUUUUUCCAGAUGACAAAGGAAAAGAGGCUGUGGUGCCAGAGGAUCCCGUUAUGGAGGCGAUCCGUAGAGCAAUGGCUGGAGGUAAAGGAACCAUAAUCAUCUUGACUCCCACACCAGGACGGACUGUGCAAAAAUUAGCAUCGCCUUAUUAAAAAAAUUAAGUGUGGUCUGGGUGUGAAGAUGACUGACUCUUGCAUUAUGUGUGUGUGUUCUUGCAGGUGGACCAAUGAUUUCUGAGGGCAGGCAGCGUGCUCCGGUGUGGGAAACAGAAGGUGCGUGUCGUAGCAUCCUCUUGCUCUUUUUCCUAUUUCUGAAAUGAAGUCUGAAUAUUGCAAAAUUUAGUUCUCGGUCAUCGGGCUAAUUGUCACCAUACACAGCUCAAGUUCCGUCACAUCUCCGUAUGUUCAUCAAACCCAAGGAUGAGGUUAGAGAGAAGUACCCUGGGAGACUGGGACUGCACCCCGAUGAACCUAUAGGAUGAGAUGUAAUGGGCUGGCAUGAUAAGAUGAACAGGUGCUCAUCCAUGGAGUUGGCAAGGUAAAUAAAAAAUGCACAUAAACUGUUUAUAAAAAUUCGGUCCCGGAGUGGUCUGAAGACUGUAGUCUAAUCAAAAUUAUAAAAUGGUGAAACAUGGAAGGAAAUGGUAUUGUCACACACACCCGGACAGGACCAACCUGACAGGGACCCAGAUCCAGAUUUACUUCGAUCGUGAUGGGGACCCUGAUGUUGAUCACAUGGUGAAUAUGUGGUGGCUGGUGAGGAAGGAGGAGACAAUUCUAUUUGCUGGUUUGCCGGAAUGCUUCAGGAUGAUACCAGAUUUCAGGCUUGGUGUAAGUGAAACAGAUUUAAUGCUUGUUAGCAUGUGCAUUGGAGUUAGAAGAAAAGUUGAGGAACUAACAUGAAUCAUGAAAAAAUAAUCUAUUCACAGGACCGGCUAAUGGAGGUAGAAAGAGCAUCGGAGCUUGACUUCGGUGAAAUUGCAACAAUGAUAACCGAAGAGCACACUGGAGUGAGGAUUGAGGCCUGCCAGAAUGUGAGAUCUUGGACCUUUUAUGGUUUAGCUGACAUAAGCCUCUAACUCUGCUGCCAAGUUUGGUGAACUUUUUUUGAUUCUAACUUUGUAUGCAAAACAACAACCGGCGCAGGUGAUGCUGAUACUGAAGCAUCGGGAUAGCUAGGCAGUGUAUGCCAUUGAUCUUCAGAAAAAGAAGUGUCUUGUAAUGGACCCAGUAGAGACGGACGAGUUGCCUCACGAAAUGGAAGAUAAGCACACGGCGAACGCAACAAGGGUGAUAUCUAAUUUGAGACGUUGCAUCCACGAGUGCAUUCCUGCUGUUAGGGUGUCAACUGCAGGGUGGACAUUGCAAUUCAGCACUGGCAUGCACCGCAGCUGCGACAUGGAGGAAAGCUGGAUAUAUGCGAUGCACUGCCUCCGGGACUACAAUGGGGAGAAGGUUUCUAGACUGACUGAUAGGCAGAUCGAGUUCCUAGGGAAGUCUCUUGUUUACAAGAUGGUGAGCAUGAAGGAGAACAGGGCACGCCUCCCUUACUGCAUGAAGGUCAACACCGAGUAGCGAUGAGGGGAUGGGCGUGGGAGGACGAACUUUUGGGCUGUAGAAUGAGGAUGAAGAUAGUGAGGACAAGCAGAAUUGUCUAAAAUCCUCUUCGGCCUCAGGGAUUUGAGUUUAAGAUGCUCGCUGAGGUUGGUUUCGAGGGCAGACUUACUUUUUGGUUUGAGAAUUGUGAUGGAGUCAGUGAGAACUAACAGGCUGGUGCAAUCCUGAUCGCCCUCGGGGGGGGGGGGGGGGGGGUGUUUCAUUUGCUCCGAGAGGUUUAUUUAUGUAAGAAGUUAAACAAGUUGGUGUCGUAAUCUGGGCGUGCCCCUAGGCAUGUAGAUAGUUUGGCUCGUAACUAUGCUAGUAUCAACUAUGUGAACUUCGGUACGGAUACCUCUAUGGAAGUAUGUCCUGUGCUAAGUUUUGUUAA